UGCAUUAUUAUUGUUGAUUUUACAAGCAGUAAAAGUUCUAAUUACUAGAUUUCAGAAUGAGGUCACCCAGUGCUUCUUGGGCCAGCUGCUACACUAAUCUGCAAUGUAAAAAUAAUGUCGGCACUGUUAAGACCAAUUGGUGAGCAAUUUACCACUAACAUGCUCAAUUCAGUGAUUUUUAUCGGAAUACUAAAAUGUUUAGCCUUGUAUUUGUUUAUGGUUCUAUAUAUCCUACUGUGAGUGUUGCUCUUUCCUUGGCCUACAUCCACUGUUAAGUCAUUUCAAAUUUGUAGUUCUUUUGAUUUGUGAAAGCCAGUGCAGCAAAGCUAAGCAACAGCUUCUUCGAACUUCAUCUCCCAGGUGGCAUUGCGAGCGGUGUGUUUCUAGGUGUCUAGCAGCAGCUCUCAGCCCAGACAGCCGGCGGCAGCGGGAGUGUGUUUCUCGGUGUGUCUUUCCACGAUUAUCCGCCGCCGGGUGUUCAUCAUUAAUAGUCACUUGGCUGAAACUAGGUAAAGAGCCACCCUGAGCCGGGACCCUGCACUGAGAUAUGAGCGGCAGCGGGCGGCCCAGGACCAGCUCGUUUGCUGAGCCGCCAGGUGUUCCAGGAACCGCAGCUGCGUCCACCGGAUCAGCCGCUGCCGUGGGGAGCAGCACAGGAAAGUCCGGGGUCCCGCAGGCCUCCGGCAGCAGCUCGUCGGGAUGCUCCAACCUGAAGCUGGCCAGAGACAGCGGGAAGGUGACGACAGUCGUGGCCACACCAGGUCAGGGACCGGACCGCCCACAGGAAGUCUCUUACACUGACAUCAAGGUGAUUGGCAAUGGGUCAUUUGGUGUGGUGUACCAAGCUCGCCUCAUCGACAGCCAAGAGAUGGUGGCCAUUAAGAAGGUUCUGCAGGAUAAAAGGUUCAAGAAUCGGGAACUGCAGAUCAUGAGGAAGCUGGACCACUGCAACAUUGUCAGACUACGUUACUUCUUCUACUCCAGUGGAGAGAAGAAGGAUGAAGUGUAUCUCAACCUGGUGCUGGACUUUGUCCCUGAGACGGUCUACAGGGUUGCCAGGCAUUUUAACAAGGCCAAGAGCAUCAUUCCUAUCAUAUAUGUGAAGGUGUACAUGUACCAGUUGUUUCGCAGUCUGGCAUAUAUCCAUUCUCAGGGCGUGUGUCACAGAGACAUCAAGCCCCAAAACCUGCUUGUCGACCCAGAAACUGCCAUCCUCAAGCUGUGUGAUUUUGGCAGCGCCAAGCAGCUGAUCCGCGGUGAACCCAACGUGUCAUAUAUCUGCUCACGGUAUUAUCGUGCCCCUGAGCUCAUUUUUGGUGCCACAGACUACACGGCAAACAUUGACAUCUGGUCAGCGGGCUGCGUACUGGCUGAGCUGCUGCUCGGACAACCCAUAUUCCCAGGUGACAGUGGGGUGGACCAGCUUGUAGAGAUUAUCAAGGUGCUAGGAACCCCAACAAGGGAACAAAUCCGAGAGAUGAACCCAAACUACACAGAAUUCAAAUUUCCUCAGAUCAAAGCUCAUCCAUGGACCAAGGUGUUUAAACCUCGCACCCCUCCAGAAGCCAUUGCUCUUUGCUCCCGGCUGCUGGAGUACACGCCAGCCUCACGGUUCUCCCCACUAGAGGCCUGCUCACACGCCUUCUUUGACGAGCUGCGCCAGCCGAACACACGACUGCCCAGCGGCCGGGAACUGCCGAUGCUCUUCAACUUCAGCACCACAGAGCUGUCCAUCCAGCCCCAGCUGAACUCAACACUCAUUCCUCCUCACGCUCGCUCUCAUACAGCUGCUUCUGCCCACGAUGGUACCGGUUCAGAUUCAUCUCAACACAGUUCAGUACCAGGAUCUCUUAACAGCAUCUGAAGCAGCUCCUCACCUGCCUGCCUGCCAGCCUCUCCCUCUCAGACACGCACACGCACACACACACACACACACACACACACACACACACACACACACACUCUCUACUGCUUUCCUCCAUGCUGCUUGCUCUCCUCUUAGAUGAUCUGUUUUUGUACAGUAAAUUGAACAAACAAACAUUAGUUCUUUUAGCUGCCAGGGUUGAAACUACGGCAGGUGAUUGUUAAACACACACACACACACACACACACACGCGCAGAGUCGUCUCGCUGCUGCUCGGGUGGUCUGUGAAGGUUCAACAGUGGGGGCUGGUCCUCUGUAAUGUAACCUUUUCUUUUUUAAAUCAACUUUUUUCUUCUUUAUAUUUGUGUUUAAUUUAUUUGACUAAUUGAAAGCAUCACGUGGUCACACAACAUUUUGUCUCUAGAGUUUGUUCUUCCUUUUCUUCAGAUUAUUUUUUUAUAUUCUUCAGUGUUUUUGCAUCUGAACUGUACACUGCCUGACCAAGAUCAGAACUGACCCCAAAUAGGUCAUCAGGGUAAUGGAUGUUUUAUUCAACUCAGGGCGGGAGAGCGGAUGCAGGGAAUGAUAAAUUCCUAAAUCCUCCAGCCAUAUUAUUUUACCAAUCCGGCCUGAUGUUUAGGUUUAAAUUAAAACCUCCACAUCUAGAGAACCUCAUCAGUAUCAGGUAGCAGUUAUCAGUGUGUGGUUGGAGGUGUAUUGCCCCUCAUGUGAAUCAUGUUCAGUGGCAGCAUUGCUUUAUACAGACUGGAGAAAUAACCCGACUGACUCCACCAGUCACCGCGUCUUGUAUCCAUCUGUUUGUUUCCUGUUCUAGAGAGAUUUGUCUGGUAAGAGUGAAAUAUUCCUCGAUGAAACCGUUCCCCUACAUGUUGUAGAAAUAAAUAUGGGUAAGAUCAACUCAUUUCCACAUCCAGGAUGGCAGAGGUGUUAAUUUGUUGGAAAAUCAAUAACAUCAAACAUCCAGAGAAAUAUUCCUCAACUCCUGCUCUCGUUCAUCACCUCAAAAAUGACUUUAGACCUGUAAAUGUCAGUUGUUAAGAAAGUGUGAAUCUAGGGCUCAGCAAAAGCAGAUCUAGAAAAAUGAGCCUUUUGAAAUCGAGCAAAAACCAUAGUUGUGCAAAUGUUAGUACAUUACUGGACGCUGCUCGGUGCACUGCUUGUUCUCUCGCUAGUUGUGUUCACUUGAUGAUUAAAUGAAAACCAGCAGUGCUCUGGAUGCCACUGUCCGAGGUCAUUGCAGCAAUAGAAAACGUAAACAAAUAUUGCAGCUUGUCUAAUAAACUAGAGAUUGUG